AGGUCACGGGGAGGACAAACUAAUACAGUGGGGCGUUGUUUGACUAAACCGCUUAGUCUGUGUAGCGUAGAUAGCCUAAAUAGAAAUAUCAUAGAUGAAAUGGGGCUCUACUGACGGAAGUGUCAUUGUCACAGUGUCAUUUGAAAUUUCAUAGUGUAGUCUGGUGGACAGGUAAAACCAACAACAAAUCAUGGACGCACGGGAGGAAGCCCAAGCGCGGCAGGCUGCCCAGAUGCAGGCUGGCCAGGAGGCGCAGAUGCAGGUAGCAUCACUGCUUUAUGAUACAGUGCCUUUUUUUCGGAUUUUGUGAACGUCUUCAUUCACCUAUCCAUGAUGGAGAAUUAUGAUGUUCCCCAGAGAAAGAACUACUUGGCAGAAGAGACUCCUUGUCACCCCGACUCCCUAUUUCAACAUCUCAGGAAAUGCAAGCCGAGAAGCAGAAGCAAGAGCAGGCCCAGAAUCAAAAGAAGAUGAUAAUCCGACAAUUGCUUGAGCCAGAGGCCUUGGAAAGGUUACAGAGGAUAGCACUUGUUAAAAAAGAGAAGGAAGAAGUCAUCGAAAGCGCCAUAAUAAUGAAGGUCCAGAAAGGCGAAAUAACAACCAAGCUAGACGAUGCCUCUCUUGUGCGGAUGAUCGUAAUACCAUUUGCUAUGAGGAUUUCAAGAAAACUGGUCUACCUUCAUCCAAAAAGAGUACAGUCUUAUCUCCCAUCUCGCCUUCUUGCACGACACCUUUCAACCACCUAAAAAACUUCAGGACGAACUCGACGCCGUAACAGCAAGCUCACGAAAUGUGAAGAUCCAGAGAAAGAGGCAAGAUAGCGACGACGAUUUAGACUUGGAUGACUAAAGAAACGAUGUCCGCUGAAGAAUACCCCCCAUCCAAUUUGAAAUGGAUAGAAUUUCCCAUCACCCGCGGAAACCUUCGAAAAUAUCUAAUCGACGAAGCAGAAAAUCCUACUUAAUUGUAUCAACUGUCAUUAUGGAACAAGCACAAGAUUUGUUCAUUCUAACAUUUAUCAAGCGAGACUCCAACCGACUAUUUUUUAAGCAGUUUGAUUCAGUGUAUGUCAUAUCUCCGUAGGAGACGUAACUCGGGUCGCUACAGAACCGGGCAGCUCUGAGUUGCUACGCGGUUCGGAUGAAAGAAUGUUGUAAUUUUUGCGGCGGUUGGCCGUAGUACAAAUCGAUUUAUGCUGAACCUCUCAAGAAGAGAGGUCGGAUUCGGAAGACCGUAACAUCGUGCAGGGGUAGUUGCGACAACAAAU